AUGUCAAGAUCCAGUCCUUUCUGGGCCACUUCCAAAAUCCCAACAGUAGGAAGCCUGUGUUUGCUGCUGUUCCAGCUGGUGCUCUCAGAUCUAUCAUGUGAAGAAAAUGAAAUGUGUGUAAAUUAUGAUAACCAACAUCCUGAUGGCUGGUAUAUCUGGUUCCUAUUGCUGAUUUUCUUGGCGGUUCUCCUCAGUGGAGUAGCGCUUCUCUGUCUCCAGUGCUGGCUGAAAAGGUGCCGAACUGACCCUCCCAGACGCACCGUAGCUGUUUUUGCUGUUGGUGACUUGGAUCCCAUUUACGGUAUAGAAAUGGCUGGAAGUCGAACGGCUGGAAUCUGCCUUCCUACACCAAACGCUGAACUGUGCCCUGCUCCAUGUUUUUGUGCCUUAGGUCCUCCACCUCCAUAUGAAGAAGCACCAAAAACAAGUUGA